AAUAGAAACUACUGAUAAAAUCUAUCAAACAAAUUGUUAUAUUUCAGAACUACCCAUUUUAAUUGAAGUAAGAUUUACAUUCUCAAGAAGCUACAUAUUUCCGGGCAAACAAGGAUAAACUGCGUUAAGUUGAGUGGGAAAAGGGUUUAUUGAUCUAAAGAAAGCAAAAGUGAUGAGUUGAGGAGACGAUGACAAAUUUGGAAGUACGGUCUGACGGAAGUUGGAGGGAAGCGCAGAGACAGAGAGGAUAGCCAAUUGAAUUGAGUAAGGGCCGUACGAUGAGGCUUCAAUGCAAAUCAACUCCCCCACCUUUCUCAUUCAACGUCUCUGCAAUCUCCACCCAUCCUUCCUUCCCUCGUUAUAUCAACCCCCUUCCCCUUCCUCUCCUAUCUUACUUCUCUUCUUCUGCAACAACAUGGGCAGCCAGAACCAGCCCACCACCAUUGAUGGCGUUCAUGUCAAGCCGUCGAACACUCCCCCUCCCAGCUGGGUCAGGCCUUACCGUGUCUUGCUCCGAUUUCUCGCGCUCGCACUCACUCUCGUCGCUGCUUUCAUCGUCGGCCUCGACAAAGAGACCAAGACUAUUUCCUUUUCCGCUGGCAUUCACUUCCAAGUCACUGCUCACUGGAAAUACAUGUCAGCUUUUGUGUAUUUUCUGGUCUCGAACGCUAUUGCGUGCUGCUACGGCGCAGCUUCUCUGGUGAUAACGGAGGUGGCGGCGAGAAGAAGCGACAAUGGGAACAACUUGAGACUGAGGUUGGUGGUGACGAUGUGGGACCUCGUGAUCAUGGCUCUGCUGUUCUCGGCCAACGGCGCGGCGGCCGCAGUCGGACUGAUAGGACAGAAGGGGAACGAGCACGUGCAGUGGAUGAAGGUUUGCAUCAAUGAGUUCAGCGCGUAUUGCCGGCACAUGACCACUGCCAUUGUUCUCUCCCUUGUCGGCUCUACGGCGUUCCUCUGCCUGGUGGCUCUCUCCCUCUUCAGACUCAACUAGCCACCCAUUCUGUGUUUUUCUUUCCGUCCACCGUAACUCUUUCUCUCAGUCUCGCUUUUAAGAUGAUGCCCAUAUCGUCGCAGGCCGCUUAGUUAAUGAUGCUUUUUCUUUGUAGUCAAUUCUCAGACCAGAUGGUAGAUAGGUCUAUUUACUCGGUUUCAGUAGCACUGUAGCAAUACGUAAUAUUGUUGAAUAUAUAUAUAUAUAUAUAUAAAGCUAGUUCUCUUAAA